AUGAGGGACAAAGGAUCCAUUCGUUUGUGUCUUUUGUUAAUUUUUCAGUUGAACGUCUGCAUGGGAAUACCUGGUGGCUUGUCAAAUGUUUCCACCGACGCGAUACCGGGACCGUGGUCCGAAAUUUUGGAAAACUGGAUCGUUUCCGACUCGAGAUCUACCCGAGCCUCGAAGGUGAUGAAAUUUGGCGAUAAAACGUUGACCGUUUCGAGUAAAAUAUCGUCACCGAACAAGAGAGAAGUCACCGAAACCGAUCUCUAUCUACUCGGCGCGAUAGAGAAACUCGUCUACAGAGUAGAUUUUCUGGAGAAUCGGCUGAGGAGAGCAGAAGAACUCCUAUAUUAUGUGAUUUCCGGAAAUAUCAAGGAAAAAGAGCCCUGUCCAUCGAAUUACACGAAGAUCGGGCAGAAUUGCUAUCAUUUCAGCGAUCGCGGCUUCGAUUGGAAAUCGUCGGCCAGCCUCUGCCGCGGAAUGGGCGGUCAUUUGCUCGAAUUCGACACGAACGACGAGAAACGUGACGUGCUGGCUAGCUUGCAAUCAAAUUCCAAAUUUAAAGGGAAAGAUUUAUGGACGGGUGGAUUGAAUCCGGGACUAUUGUGGAUUUGGGCGAGCAGCGCGAAACCAGUUUAUCAGAACACGAAGCAAACCGUUCCCGGCGACGGCAGAUGCUUAAAACUAUCCUACAAUUCAACGUCCAGGCUGUACGGUUACCAAAGCGACGAUUGCGGGUCAAGGCACAAAUAUGUCUGCAAAUUAAUGCCAGACGAGUCUGCGAAUAAAAUUGAGAAAAAUGCACGGAUGCUGAUAGACGGACAACGUUAG